GAGAGACGUACAGACGAUCAAACUGAGUUCAGAUCCAACUAGCAGCUUCCACAGAGUGAGUCCAGCUACAGGAGAGAAAACUGGAAAACUCCCACACUGCUGCUUAAAGCUGCUGACGCUCCACACACUGAAUGUGAGUGUGAGAAAAACUCCUGUCUGCUGUUUUCAGCUUCACUCACAGACUCAAUGGCUUCCAGAUCAGAGGACGAUCUCUGCUGUCCGGUGUGUCAGGAGGUCUUCAGAGAUCCUGUUAUUCUGUCAUGUAGCCACAGCUUCUGUAAAGACUGUCUGAAGAGAUGGUGGAGUGAGAGAACAACACAUGAGUGUCCAGUUUGUAAAAGAUCCUCAGGGAAUGAACCAUUUGUAAACCUGGCUUUAAAGAACCUGUGUGAGUCGUUCUUACAGGAGAGAGAUCAGACAGCUUCAGAGGCUCUCUGCAGUCUGCACUCUGAGAAACUCAAACUCUUCUGUCUGGACCAUCAGCAGCCAGUGUGUCUCAUCUGCAGAGACUCAGAAAAACACAACAACCACAGUUUCAGACCCAUCGAUGAAGCUGCACAACCACACAAGAAGGAACUUCAGGAAACUCUGGAGUCCUUAAAAAAGAAGUUGGACGUUUGUACAGAACUUCAAGUGAAGUUUGAUCAAAUAGGAAAACACAUUAACGUCCAGGCCCGACACACAGAGACUCGGAUUAAGGAGCAGUUUAAGAAGUUUCGCCAGUUUCUAGCAGAGGAAGAGGAGGACAGGCUGGCUGCAGUGAGGGAGGAAGAGGAGCAGAAGAGUGGGAUGAUGAUGGAGAAGAUGGAGGCUCUAAGCAGAGAGAGAGCAGCUCUUUCAGACACAGUCAGAGCCACAGAGGAGGAGCUGAGAGCUGAAGACAUCUCAUUCUUGAACAACUACAAGGCUGCAGUGGAAAGAGUCCAGCGCUGCCCCCUGCUGGAUGAUCCACAGCUGCCCUCAGGAGCUCUGUUAAACCAGGCCAAACACCUGGGCAACCUGACCUUCAAAAUCUGGAACAACAUGAAGGACAUGGUCUCCUACAAUCCUAUCAUUCUGGACCCAAACACUGCUUAUCCAGAACUCAUCCUCUCUGAGGAUCUGACCAGUGUGAGACGAGGAGAUGAACAACAGCUUCCUGAUAAUCCAGAGAGGUUUGAUGAGCUCUACUCUGUCCUGGGCUCUGAAGGCUUUGACUCAGGGACUCACAGCUGGGAUGUUGAGGUUGGAUACAGUACAUGGUGGAACCUGGGUGUGUUUGCAGAGUCUGUGCAGAGGAAGGGAGAUGAAAUGACUGAAUUAUGGAAAAUAAGAUUCCAUAAAGGUAAAUACUACGCGUGGCCACCAUCACCUACAGGUCCUGCUCUUUCAGUACAGAAGAAGUUUCAGAGGAUCAGAGUGAAUCUGGACUGUAACAGAGGAAAGCUGUCGUUCUCUGAUCCUGAUACUAACACACACAUACACACCUUCACAGACACUUUCACUGACAGGAUGUUUCCAUUCAUUAACACUGUGGCUGGUAAAUUGAAGGUUCUGCCAUUGAAGGUGUCAGUGUAA